GCGCCCGGCAGGCAGGCGUGCGGGAAGCGCGGCCACGCCUGGCCCGGCCACCAUUUCCCCGGCGCUGCUGCGGCGCUGACUUGCGGGCAGCAGCCCCUCCGAGCGCCCAGCCGGGUCCUCGAGCGCCAGCGCAGGGAGCAUGAGCGUGGGCUCCGAGCGCGGGGCGGCGGCGGCCCCAGGGAUGGUGCCCGCGCCCUGCGCCUCGAAGGUGGAGCUGCGGCUCAGCUGCCGGCACCUGCUGGACCGUGACCCGCUCACCAAGUCCGACCCCAGCGUGGUGCUGCUGCAGCAGUCGCAGGGCCAGUGGGUGCAGGUGGGCAGAACCGAGGUGGUCAGGAGCAGCCUGCACCCCAUGUUUUCCAAAGUCUUCACACUUGACUACUAUUUCGAGGAGGCGCAGAAGCUUCGCUUUGAGGUGUACGACACCCAUGGGCCCAGUGGCCUCAGCUGUCAGGAUGACGACUUCCUGGGAGGCAUAGAGUGCACCCUGGGGCAGAUUGUGGCUCAGAAGAAAAUGACACGUCCACUGUUGCUGAAAUUUGGCAGGAAUGCCGGCAAGUCCACCAUCACGGUGAUAGCUGAGGACAUCUCAGGGAACAAUGGCUACGUGGAACUCUCCUUCCGGGCCAGGAAGUUAGAUGACAAGGACCUCUUCAGCAAAUCUGACCCCUUCCUCGAGCUGUUCCGAGUCAACGAUGACCAGUCAGAGCAGCUAGUGUACCGGACGGAGGUCGUGAAGAAUGACCUCAGUCCUGUGUGGGAGCCCUUCACCGUGUCGCUAAGCUCUCUGUGCAGCUGCGAGGAGACGCGGCCCCUGAAGGGCUUGGUCUGGGAUUAUGACUCUCGCGGGAAGCACGACUUCAUUGGAGAGUUCUCCACCACCUUCGCAGAGAUGCAGAGAGCCUUUGAGGAGGACCAGGCCCAGUGGGACUGUGUGAACGCCAAGUACAGGCAGAAGAAACGCAAUUACAAGAACUCAGGGGUUGUGGUUCUGGCGGACCUGAAGGUCCACAGGGUCUACUCCUUCCUGGAUUACAUCAUGGGCGGCUGCCAGAUUCACUGCACUGUGGCCAUCGACUUCACGGCCUCUAAUGGGGACCCUCGGAACAGCUGCUCCCUGCACUACAUCAACCCCUACCAGCCCAAUGACUACCUGCAGGCACUGGUGUCCGUGGGUGAGAUCUGCCAGGAUUAUGACAGUGACAAGAGAUUUUCUGCUUUGGGGUUUGGAGCUCGGAUUCCUCCCAAAUAUGAGGUGUCCCAUGACUUUGCCAUCAAUUUCAACCCUGAGGACGAUGAAUGUGAAGGAAUCCAGGGUGUGGUGGAGGCCUACCAGAACUGCCUGCCCAGGGUCCAGCUCUACGGCCCCACCAAUGUGGCGCCCAUCAUCUCCAAGGUGGCGCGCAUGGCAGCAGCAGAAGAACACACCAGGGAAGCCUCACAAUACUACAUCCUGCUGAUCCUCACCGACGGGGUCGUGACUGACAUGGCAGACACGCGGGAGGCCAUCGUGCGCGCCUCCCACCUGCCCAUGUCCAUCAUCAUCGUGGGGGUGGGCAAUGCCGACUUCACUGACAUGCAGAUCCUGGACGGGGAUGAUGGCGCCCUGCGUGCCCCAAGGGGGGAGCCUGCACUCCGUGACAUUGUGCAGUUUGUGCCCUUCCGGGACCUCAAGAAUGCAUCCCCCGCAGCAUUGGCCAAGUGUGUGCUGGCUGAGGUGCCCAGGCAGGUGGUGGAGUACUACAGCCUCCGGGGACUGCCUCCUCGAGCCCUUGGGGCCCAUACCCCUGAGGGCGGCCCAGGCCCAGCAACAUGA